AUGUUUCGUAUGCUUAACUUGCGAAGUUUAUCGCAAAGCAAGAACAAAGUGCUCGCCCACAAGGGCAGCAUCGUGCGUGUAGAUUCCGACAGCAGUAUCACCUUCUGCCCGCGCCGAAAAGUGUCUCAUUUAUGUAAUCGCGAUUUGGUGAAAGAUUUACUUGCGAUCAGAGAAAAUGGAUCGGUGAAUAUUAAACGAGUCCACUCGACUACACCAUACGCGGAGUUCACAUCAGCUUUAGCCAGUAAGAAAAAUAAACGUAAAAAAUCAUACGGAAGCAAAUUUACCGAACUACUGGCGGUGAAAGAUGGCGAGACAAAGGAAACGAAAACUACCGUACAGAAGCUAAAAGCGAAAAAGCUAGCCAACUUCAUACACGACCAGAUCACUAUCGAAGGUUGUUCGACGAGCAGCACUCGGCUUCUGCCUCACCCUGCCGUUGCUGCCGGAGAGCUGCCGCUCACUAGAAGCAGUAGUGAAGCCUUUAAGUUGCCAUCAGACAUGUCGCACUGGAACUUCGAAGAAACUCCGGUCAUCUAUAUCGGUGGGGAGAUGAAGGAAACCGACAUAUCACCCGACGUGCUGUCGGAGAUCAUCGAGAGCGUUGGAGUGCUGAAGGAGAUUCAGCAAAAGCGUCAAAUGCGUGUCGAGUUGACGGCACACGAUGAGUUGGAUCCGAUACUGGAGGAAGAAGCAGCGCUGCUCGAGUCGGAAGUAGCCGAACUGCCGGAGGAGGCAGAGCUAGCGUUUGAAGAGCCGGACAUUCUCUCCUCUACUGUUGCUUCGACGAGCACGAAAAGCUUGAAAAAGACACAUCACGGUAGCGGUGGAACGGGAAAGAACUACCCCCUCCAAAUUGGUGGUGUAAGUAAGGGUAAAAAGUUUUCCUCGAAAUACUACAAAACGUCCGAGAUUGAAAGUCUCGCCCGCCAGCGUAGCUUCCAGAUGACACUGAACGCCUACUUGGACAUGUGUAUCACGACGGGCAUGGUUAAUCGGGCGUACGCGACGACGCUCAACUACCGGCACAAACGCAAACGAAAGGAAUUCGACAUUGGGACGUACAACCAGCUGAUACACGCGUACGCCGCCAAAGGGAGCUUUGCUCGGGUUCGGGACAUCAUGCGUAUAUUGCGCGAAGAUCACAUUACCCCGACCGCACAGACGUACGCCGGUAUACUUGAGUGCCUUGGGCGGUUGGACCCGACCGAGGAGGUAUUAAAUCAAGCCAAACUUCAUCUCGAGGAAGCAACGGCAAACGGAUUCACGAUGAACGACCUGAUGGACCGGAGCAAGUUUACGCACGAUCAGCGCGACGUGGUGCUGGCACUGUUACGUCGUCUAACACCGGAUUUUACGCCCGUUUACAAGGAACCAAGCCUCACCUAUAACAAUCAUCUGGUAAACGCACUGAACGAGCAUGUUUUACCGAUCGCCGCGGAAUCAACUGCCAAUGAUGCACCGUGUCCAGGAUCGGAGAUAAUGAUACCAAAAGCGGGAUUCAAGAAGAAGCAGCUAGAAGAGAUGGUGCGCCAACAGGUGGAGCUGGAAUUGGGCGGUUAUCUGACGGUGAAGAGUAUUGAAAAGUUCCCGGUACCAACGGCGCAAGUUAUACAAUACCGCAAAGAACUGGACGAUCUGAAGAAAGUAUGGUCGAAACAGAUCACUAUGGCCUUCCAUCGAGACUUUAACACGUUGAAAGCAGUCACCGAAACCAAAUCCUCUCGCACGAUAAACCUUUUCCCCUACCUGAAGGCUCUCUCGGUGCCGCAAUUCACCGAAAUACUCCUAGACGAGGUUCAGCUGCUACUGGAGGGCUCAGACACGUUUAGCUUUGUGAUAACGCACCUCUACCGUGAGCUGGGCCGGAAGGUCGAGUCGCGCUACCACGUCGAGCAGAAGCGAAUGAACGGUGUGCUGGACAAAACUUGUGAUAUCUACGAUCGGUACGCGUCGGCUCUGGCCGAAGGCAACACCAGCGACAACCCGCGACAGCUCUGGCAGCGACUCGUGCACGAAACGCGCAACACCGGCCCAAGCAUGGACAUCCAAAGCGUUGCCUGGCCAAAGGCAGCCGUCAUUGGGGUGGGAAAGUUCCUCUACAAUAUCCUGAAGUGUGAUUUGAAAAUCAACGUCAACGCAACCAACCGGACGAACCGAAAGGUGAAGCUGGUACCCGCCUUCUAUACUCUCUUCCGAUACGAGGCUAAGAUGGCCAAGGGGCAGAUCAAGCCCCACCCGGUGCUGAUGAAACUGUACCGAAAGUCGCAACCGGACACGCUCAAGUUCGACGUUAACCUGGUGCCGAUGCUGUGUCCACCGCAACCCUGGAGCACGCCACGCAACGGAGGCUACAUACUGGCCGAGUCGGAUCUCAUACGUCUGCCCCAGCAGGCACACCAGCAGAAGGAGCGGAUCGACGAGGCGGACCCGCAUGACAUGUAUCCGACGCUCGAUUCGCUAAAUCAGCUCGCCAGCAUACCGUGGGUUGUGAACGGCUCAAUAUUGGACGUGAUCGUUGAAGUGUUCAACAACGGAGGAAACGCGAAGCUGGACGUACCGGAACCACCUUCGUCCCUUCCCCCGAUUCAAGAUACAACUCCAAAGAGCGAGAUGAGUGGCUACGAAAAGUACAACCUGCUCCGGCAGCGACUCUACCACCGGCGAAGACAGGGCGAUAUGUACAGCCUGUGGUGUGACGCACUGUACCGGCUCUCGUUGGCAAGUCACUUUCGGGACAAGGUAUUCUGGUUACCGCAAAACAUCGACUUCCGAGGACGAGUGUAUCCGAUUCCGCCCCAUCUGAACCACCUGGGGCACGAUCUGGCCCGCUGUCUGCUGGUGUUUCAUCAGAAGAAACCCCUCGGACCGGACGGAUUCCGGUGGCUGAAGCUACACUGCAUCAAUUUGACCGGGCUGAAGAAGCGGGAAUCGGUGGACGAGCGGUUACGGUACGCGGAUGAAAUCAUGGACGACAUUCUGGACUCGGCCGAUCGGCCACUCACCGGACGGAUGUGGUGGAGCAAGUCGGAUGAACCGUGGCAAACGCUGGCGUGCUGCAUGGAGAUCGCGAAGGUGCAUUGCUGUCCGGAUCCGGAAAAAUUCGAAAGUGGUUUCCCAAUCCAUCAGGAUGGUUCCUGCAAUGGACUGCAGCACUACGCGGCCCUUGGACGUGACACUCCCGGUGCCAUCAGCGUCAACCUCGCUCCGGCCGACGUUCCACAGGACGUUUACAGUGCGGUCGCAGCUCUGGUCGAGGAAAACCGUGCCCGAGACGCGCAGAACAACGUCAAGGUGGCUGCCAUACUGGACGGGUUCAUCCGACGAAAGGUUAUCAAACAGACGGUAAUGACGACCGUGUAUGGCGUGACGCGCUACGGUGCCCGCAAGCAGAUCGCCCGUCAGCUCGAGUACAUCGAUGAGUUCCCGAAGGAUUGGGUGUGGCCCGCCUCGAGCUAUCUGACCGUGAAAACGUUCGAUGCGCUCAGCGAAAUGUUCACCUCGGCGAAGGAAAUCCAGGACUGGUUCACCGAUUGCGCCCGGUUGAUAUCGGCCGUUUGUGCCCAGAACGUCGAGUGGGUGACGCCGCUGGGACUCCCGGUGGUGCAGCCGUACAACCGCUCGGAUCGGCCCACCGCCAACAGCAAGUCCGUCCAGCUGCCCGAGCACUUCUCGAUGGACUCGUACGAGAAGCCGAACAUCAUGAAGCAAAAGAACGCAUUUCCGCCCAAUUUUGUCCACUCGCUCGACUCGAGCCACAUGAUGCUGACGUCGCUGUACUGCGAGCGGGCCGGUUUGACGUUCAUUUCCGUGCACGAUUGCUACUGGACGCAUGCCUGCACAGUGCCGACGAUGAACAAGAUUUGCAGAGAACAGUUCGUCGCGCUGCAUUCCGAGCCCAUUCUGGAGGAUUUGUCCAAAUUUUUGGUCCAAAAAUACAGCUACGAUGAGAAUGAAAUCAGCAACGACGGUUCGGUGAUUGAUCUUACCAAGCGCAAGCUAAACCGUAUCCUCCAGCAGUGCCCUGACAAAGGGGACUUUGACCUCCGCAAGGUGCUCGAAUCGGUGUACUUCUUCAGCUAGAGUUGCACCACCACCAGGCCAUCCCAGUGGACGGGAUAUCUCCGUCGGUAGUAUUCUUUCUUCCCGGGGCCACGCUCCUUCGUACGGAUGUCAAACUUAAUGUGAGCUCGUGGAACUAGUCAUAGAAUGCGGUGGGAGUUUGUCUGUGGUUUCCUCCCUGCGUUAGCCAGGUGGCGGAAUAGUUCUUUUAACUUCUAACCAGCACUUGCCUGCGUGAACCUACGACUGCUACAACAACCAACUGCUGCUGCCUCGAGCGUAUGCGCGCAUUACGCCCUGGAAUGCCCCCCAUAGCGCACACCAAAAAGGCGCCAACGGAACUGAGUUUAUUUUCAAACUUACACAGGAGCUUUGGCUGGUACCGAGUAUUCGACUGACUAUUGUCAGUAGUUGGAACAAUUGUUUUGGUUUUGUUUUAAAAAUAUGCCCAGUGAGUGGUUUUGUGCAAACGAAGCAACAUAUUGUUAAGGCCAUAAAGUAUGACAUGUUUAGCUAAACAA